UACCACACUGGUGAGGUUUGCCAACACAUCACACCAGAGAUGGCGAGACUGCUCCUGGUAACGUUCUUCCUUGCGACUUCGGCAGCGAUUGUAAGCGCCGAAUGUCCCGGUGGCUAUAUUCAGAGAGAAAGCGGUAACUGCUAUAGGGCGUGGCAGGAACAAAAGCACUCGUGUUACUACGCGCGAAACCGCUGCGAAGAAGAAGGAGGUUGGUUGGUCACUAUCCGAAACUAUGAUGACCAGGUCUGGGUCAACAACUUCUACAGACAGCACAAGGGGGGCCCGUGCGGGGAUAAAUAUUGGAUUGGUGCAAACGACGUAUCGGAGGAGGGGCAUUUCAGGUGGCAGCAGGAUGACAGUGACGUCGAGUUCACCCGUUGGACAGGAGGCCAACCGGACAAUUACUACAACGAAGAUUGCGUAGUUGUCAACAGCAACAACAUGAGCUGGUACGAUAAGUGGCGCAAGGACGUGUUCUUCUGCUUCGUUUGCGAAAUGUUCCCAAGAUCUUGUUAGAGGAACCCAUCGGUUUACAAACCUCUACCCCAUGCACGGUAGCUGAAACCUGAUAUUUAAGAACAUGUCCAGCUAAAGAGUGUUCAGUUGACCUAGACCUACGAAAAAAUUAUUAAAGGGAAUGUACAUCAUUGGUUUUUGCUGUAAUUUUCAGAAAUGAACUAUUUGAGGAGUU